GAUUGGUUAAAAACACAUUAAGAGUAUAUUUAUGAUCUUAAAUAUAAGAACGGACUAUGAAUACCGGUUUUAAAUCCCGUUUCAUUCGAUUUCAAAUUUAAUUUCAGUGGGUGGAUCGAUGAAGGCGUUACAGUUCCGCGGGGACUUCCGGGAUUAUACGAAAUUUUCGCAUAUCGCGGACAUGCGACUAUACAGUGAACAUCUUUUUGUCUUCAUUGCACAGAUAAUGAAGAUAGAGCGACGCAUCUACGGUGUACACCAUAGGCUUGUUUCCUGUUGCUACACUGGUGAACUAUUGCAAUAAGUUAGAAUAAAACCAGUAUAUUUUUUCCAGUGAACUAUACAUGUAUUCACUGAUUUUCUCUCAUUAUAGCUUACUGCACUAGUUCACCAGUGCAGGAAGACACCAAAUUUUCUGCACUCAGGCUGUGGUCCAAUUGACUUAUUCUCUUUUAUCUCCCUUGAUCCGGUAACUGGACCGAGGCAGCUAUGACUAACCAAUAGUCUGUAUGUCCAGUUGUCCAGGUCCAGUUGAGUUGAAUGCUUCGAAGCGUUUUCUCCCCCUUCUUUCUUUAUUACAAGGUAAGAAAAGAAUAACGUAUAGUAUACGUGAAGACAGCACGGAGAAGAGUUUUCCACAGUCAUUCUGCGACUUCCACGGACGAAUUUUUAUCUAAUCGGCCCGAGCAGGAAUGUUUUCUCACUGGACGGAGUAUACAAAUCAAGAUACAAAUCCCUAGUAGCACAGUGCCGAUCGGCCGAUCCCAGCGAGAAAUGACUCGUCGAUUGAUGUCGAAACGAUGCCGAAUCGAUAUCGACAUCGACAUCUUCAAAUUGAUGCUGAUUCGACAUCGUCUCAACGAAUCAUUUCUCACUGGGCUAUUGUCCAAUGUAAAGCCAAUGUUGGCCAUGCAAUAAACUAUUGCACGAUAAUAAAGAUAUAACAUUAGAUUUAUAUCGGAAGUGCGUUGGCCGAUACUUAGCAAUUUAAUAAGAAUAUUGGUUUAAUUCAUACAAUAUUAAACUAAUAUUGCUAAAUAGACAUAUUAGCUAAAUAAGAGGAGGCGCCCAUCUUACAAUAUUGAAGCAAUAUUUGGAAUACUAGAUUUACAUUAUUUCCCAAUAUUGCGCUAUUAGGGAAUGCGUCGAAGCAUUUUUCUUCUCUGACCUUUAUUGAAAGGAAAAUACAAGUGGACCGCGCUCAAAAUGACAUUGAUAUAUGACUACGGUGGUGAAGGAAAAUAAAUAAACAGAAAAUGGAGUAGGGGGUAGUUUUGAAGAAAUGUUCCAACUCUUGGUUUUAGCAAGCAACAUCAAGGGCUACGUGGCACGAGUAUCGUGCGUCAGUAUCGUUUUUGGUUCCAACACAGGAGGGAACCUAGAUUUUAGAAUAUCGAAAAUUGCCUUUGCUCGAUCGUAGAUAUACGAAACAUGUGUCGCAAGCAGUCUUCAGACAAGGUGACUGUCUACUCGGAUAAUGAGCAGAUUGUGGACGAGAGCAGUUCGGACGACUCGCUUUCCAAUAACGAGCUCGUCCCUGAGGAAAGUGUGGUGGAUGAUGCUACGUGCGUCUUUCGCUACGAGUACGGUCUUGAAGUCAGAGUGGAUUCCGGCUCGUUAAGUAAGAAUGGUGAACUGGCGGUAACAAUAGACCUGAACGACCGGAUAUACGUCUGGAACACUGAUACGGGCGACAGUAUUUUCUAUAUCGAUAUGCCUUUUGCUACCAGAGUUGUUGGUUUUAACUACAACGAUGAGUAUGUCGCUGCAGGCACUGAGUAUGGCAAAAUACAAUUAUGGAAGAUAAGCGACAAGACCUGCGUCUGGGAAACUACUUUGGAGAAUGACAUUAUCUCGAUGAAGUGGCACCAUUCCGCUAAUAUUUUAAUAGUAACUGUCAAGACGUGGGAUGUUUAUAUGUUAAAACCACAAAAGAACGACAUUAAAGUUCUUGUACAGUAUACUGGAGAUCAAAUAUGGACCGGUACAAUUUUUCCAGAUGGGGAACGUAUGGCGAUAGGAUAUGAAAGUGGCAAGAUAGAAGUAAUAGACUUAGAGACGAGCGCCGUAUUGUCUACCACUCCUGCUGACCCGACAAGGUUGUGUGGACAUGCAAGUGGUGUCGUCGGUCUUGACUGUCACAUGGAUAAUAAUCUGAUAAUUUCUGUAUCACUGGAAAACCAGAUUAUAUUAAGCACAGCACAUGACGGCAAGGUAGUUUGUGUACUUCAGGAUGUGGGUAUGUCUAGUGGCGACCAAGUAGGGACUGUAGCUUUAUGUAAAGAUCCUACAUUCCCUGUAGCUGCAUCACUAAUGUUUGUAAACGGUCACGAAGGAGUAACAGGAAAAAUUUACAUAUGGGAUAUUUCUAAACAGACUCUUAUGCAUGAGAUAAACCAGGAUGAGGUUAUCUUGGACUUGGUUUGGACCAAGACAUCAAUAUUCUUCACAAUAGGGAUCAGUAUUAAAGUAAAAUGUUUUGAUGCUAGAACAGGCUGUUGCCUCCGGACGUUUUCAGGACAUAGAGCGGACACACUCGAUGCACAUCUAUGCGUAUCCAGUGACGGGAAGAAAGCUUUAACCAUUGCCACUGAUAAUACUGCCAGGAUCUUUGACAUCUCGUCUGUGUGUUGAUGUAACGCAAAAGUUAGAGAAUUACAAUACUAAAGAAUUAAUAUAUAAUAUAUAAUAAAAUAUAUAAUAAAGAAUUAAUAUAUAAUAUAUAAUAAACAUACAUACAUUUGCAAAAGUGAUUUAUAAAAUAUACAUAUACCUCUAUUUGAUAAAACUAUAGAAAAGAAGAACAUGUACAUAUAUUGUAAAUUUACAAUAUAUAUACAUAUUGUGCAUAGGAUGAUACACGUUAAGUUAAUCGCAAAUGGUUAAUGUAGAUCUAUUUAGCAAGCAUUGCCCGUAAAUGAUAUUCAAAUUUUACUUUAGCGAGUGGGUUUAUCGCGAGGGCGUUCAAGUUCCGCGUGAAUUCCGGGAUAAUAUGAAACUUCCGCAUAUCGCGGACCUGCGUCUAUACGUAGUUAACAUUUCUUUGUCUUUGUUGCAAAGAUAUAACAAGUUUCAAUUAAAUUGAAUGCUUCGAAGCGCUUUCUCCCCCUUCUUUCUUUAUGACAAGCUAAGGAAAGAAUUAAAACUCAAUCGGUGGAUUAUCAC